AUGUCCGACCUCCACCUUGAAGUCGGUCAACAGUACCUGACCUUCAACUUCGAUGUCGCCGCUCCUGACCUCAUUCUUGCUGGAGAUAUUGGCCGACUCAUCGACUACCAGGGCUACACCUCGUUCCUCCGGAGACAAAUCGCCCGCUACGAGCGUGUGUUCCUUGUUCUCGGAAAUCACGAGUUCUACGGUCUUUCCUUCGAGGAUGGGCUCGCGCGGGCACGGGCGCUUGAAAAAGAUCCGGUUUUAAGGGCAAAUUGGUAA